CUGUGCAGCAGCAAAGCCUGAGAAGCACAUUCCCUCUCUACAUUCUGCAAGCAGCCACAAUGGAGCCUGUUAGCUUCCAUUAUGCCUGUGCUAUAAGUGCUGCCUGACGCCUACCUCAACACAACAAAAAUUAUUCCAGUGUAACAGCACUGCCUGUCAGGCAUUUAAAACAAAAACGUGGAUUAUGGUUUCGAGUUUAGAGACUCUCUUUGUAUAAACACACAAUUGUACUCUCUGCUGUUUCUGUGCUGUUGCAGUGCUCAUAUGGAGAACCCGAUCAAAAUCAAAAGGACUGCCAUCACCCUGGCUCAGAAAGUCCAGAUCAUCUUGAAGUUGAACGAUCCCUCCUUCAAACAGAAGGAGAUUGCCCGGGAGUAUGGCCUGACCGCUUCAGCCAUCUCCAAAAUUGUCAAGAAGAAAGAGGAGAUUCUGGAAGAAUGGCUGCGUGGUGGGAACCUGGAACGCAAGCGUAAGCGUGAAGGGAAGAACCAGACCAUUGACGACGCCCUGCUCAGCUGGUUCUGGACAGCCAGCAAGGAGAAAGGCCCGAUUUCAGGGCCGGUGCUCAUGGCCAAAGCCAAGGCCCUUGCUGAGGAAAUGGGGAUCGAGUUCAAACCCACCAACGGCUGGCUGUGCCGAUGGAAGAACCGCAACAACCUGGCUUACAAACGCACGCCAAAGGAUAAGCGUGAAUACAGAGGGAUGAGCGACCAGUGGACUGGAUUCUCUGCCUUUGCACCUCAAUCUCUGUAUCUGCAAGAUGGGCAGCUGGUCCCAGAUUACUACAGAGAGGGAACAGCAACACAGCCGCUGGAUGAUGCAGGGGAAGAUUCCCAUGACCAGUCUGCAGAGGGGGCUGAACGAGAGGAACAAGAUCCACAGUUUUAUGCAGGAGCAGCUGCUUUUUCACCAGCACCCAGUGGUCAGCAUGGACAAUGGCAUACAAUGGGACCUGGAUCGACUGACAGCUCUUCUGAUGAGAUGCCAACAGCACAAGCUCUGAUACAGCAGGGUGCAGAUACUAAGCAUAAACCCAAGAGAAUCAAGCAAGAGGAACUGUCCACACAAUCAAGCCACAACUGUCAGUUUUACGCAGGUGUGUGCCAAGAAGGAAAGAUUACUGAAACUAACCAGAGAAAGGACUGAGUUCUCAAUGUUUCCUUUGCUAAUAAUGAAGAAACUGGAUGAAAUUUGUGCGACAGAACCAGGUCAUUCAGCCCAACAGAUCUGAAAGUGUUCACACUCUAUGAAAGGCUUCAUUAAAUCCUACCAGCCCUUCAACUAUUGUUUCCUCCCUCAUCUUCUUAACUAACUUCCCCUGAAAUGCA